UACGACGCCCACUGCUAGGCAUAGGCCUCCCCCAAGGAUCUCCACGACGAUCGGUCCUGCGCUGCCCGCAUCCAGCGGCUUCCCGCGACCUUCACCAGAUCGUCGGUCCACCUUGUAGCGGGCCUACCCACUGAGCGUCCUGCGACACGUGGUCGCCACUCCAGAACACUUCCGCCCCAGCCAUCGGCUCUCCUCGCUAUGUGUCCUGCCCACUGCCACUUAGCUUCCCACACCAUCCCACAAAUAAAGAGAAAGUGAUACAUUUGGGAGUUAACGCGAAAAUGUUACAAGAUCCACAGCUCAUGUCAAAAUUUUUGCUCUCUCCAGAUUAUAUCACCUUCGACUACGCAAACCCCAAUUUGCACGACCCUAGGAAAAGAGGAGAUGAAGCUGUGCCUUUGCCGAUAUUGCCGAUACCAGAAAGUAGCGCAACGACCAACGAAGAGCUCAUCCCGACUAUCAUCCCGCUAGAAGACUCCACAACAGCAAAAAGCAAUAUAACACCGACCAUUUAUGAUGAUACCAGUCUGCUGAGUGCUCUGUGGACUUACCAGCUGGCCUCACGAUUAGAUAAUGCGGACAAUCACACAGCCCCUCAGCUGUUCAGACAGCCUCUGUCUUUAUCACGGCUUGUGAAGACCGUCACUGACGGCGUCGACCCUAAAUUUCGGAAGGUAUAUUUCGAACCAUUCUCAAAACGAAAAAAACCUGUAACACUGGUGGCCAUAAAGAGAAUGACAAGUAAAACAAAUGAUAGUUAUAACUUUAUGGAUUAGUCGUUGAUGUUGUG